UAUUGUAUUUCGACAUCACUGCUCUCAAGUUUUAAUGUAGUACUUGUUCUACGAGACCGAAACGCACGCAUUCAAAGCAAAAGCUAAAAAUAGCCCCCCACCCGCCUCGUUAAAGGUUAACUGUUAUUCAUUCUUGUUUUGCGUGCGACCGUUUUCAUACGUAUUAUGGGAAAGCGAAGCCGUGCUAAGAAGCUUUUAAGGCUGGAGAAGGAGCUUUUUAGGUUAAAGAAGAAGCUUAAGAGGGAUGAUUGUUCGCCCUGUAGCAGCUCAAGGUCGAGGUCGCUGACCCCUACAGACCUUUCCGUGCGACUUUUGACUACACCUUCCCCCUCACAAGGAGGUGGCGGUUUUUCGUGCCUGGAGGUUAGUCCUGCUUCAGGACAGGCUUGGGAUGUUGGCGCCGAUUCUGCGUCCAUUGUGUUGGAUGCAGAGAAAGAAAACUUGGACUGUGCGUCGGCUCCUGUCGUUUUAUCUCCAUCGGAGCAGGAUGACUUGUUGUCGUUGUUGGGGAACGUUUCUACUCCAGCGACUUCGGUUGGACCACCAAUACACGACCGGAUUGCUAGUAAUUUGACUUUCAUUCUAAGAAAUGGGUUAAAAUCCGAAGACAUGUCCAAACUUUUACAGAAGUACCAGGUUCCUGAGAAUUGUAUUGCCGUUAAUAGCCCCAAGCUAAAUCCCUUGGUGUCCAUGUCGAUACCUGAUAAAUUCGUGCAGAGGGACGCAAAUUUAGCUAAGCUACAAGCUCGUUUAGGAGUGGCACUUGCAGCUACUUCGGUGUGUCUAAACACACUUCUUGGAGUCAAAUCUAUUGACAAGAGCAUAAUUGAAUCUUUGAACGAUUCAUUAAAAAUUAUGUCUGACAUCCAUUUUAAUCAAAGUCAGGUGCGAAGAUCUUUAAUAAGAUCGAAUAUAAGUGAGUCUCUACGGUCUACGUUGGAUGGAAUUGUUUUAGACGAUUUCUUAUUUGGAGCCGACUUAGAUGAAAAAGUUAAAGCUUCCAAAUCCCUGGAGAAAGUGUCGAAGGAUUUAAGUUUGACCAAACCGAAAGCUGUCGUACAUGGCUCAAAAAGCUUUCGCAACCCGCUUGUGUCCAAUCGGUGGAAUCGAGCACAGGGAGCAGUGAGAACUCCAAACACAGGCGGGCAGAAAAAGUUCACUCCCAAUCAGAGCUCCAACAAAAGGAAGCCAUGGCUCCAACCUCGAAAACAAUAAAAUCGCGUUCAUCCCCUAGCAAAAUCACUUUCCCUGGUUUCGUGCAAGUUAUCAGGGAAGCCUAUCGUUUGAGAGGAAUUCCUCCUGAAUCUUUUGAACUUUUCACCAACUCAAUAUCAUCAGCUACUUUAAAGCAGUACUCUUCGGCUCUUUCUAGAUGGUGGUAUUUUUGUGGGACUCAUGGUUGUGAUUUUUACAAUAGUUCUCACUCAGAUAUAAUUAAGUUUCUUACCGUUGAAUUUAAUAAAGGUGUAUCUUUUAGCUACCUAAAUGUCAUAAGAUCGGCAAUUAGUUUUGUUAGGGGCAAUGAUUUGGUAAACAAUCUAGAAGUUAAGAGAUUGUUUAAAGGAAUUUUUAGAAGUAGACCGCCUAGGAGAAAGUAUGACUCCAUCUGGGAUCCGAAUGUGAUUUUACAGCAUUUACAGACUCUUUUGCCUUCAGAGGACUUACCUUUGAAGGAUCUUUCUUUAAAACUAGUUACUUUAUUGGCUUUAACUACUGGCCAUAGGAUUCAGACUCUUUCUAAAAUUAAACUUUCUAACAUUGUAUUUUUGGAUAAGCAGAUUGAAAUUCGGAUCCCUGAUGAGAUCAAAACUUCUGGUUUAAAUAGAGUACAGCCUAAUUUGAUUUUGCCAUUUUUCUCUGACAAAAAGUUGUGCGCAGCGUAUACGCUCAAAGUUUAUAUUUCUAGGACUAGGAGUUUGCGGAAUUCAGCUGAUUCUUUAUUCAUUUCAUUUAAUAAACCGCAUUGUGCGAUUCACAGUACGCAAACCCUUAGUCGCUGGAUCAAGAUUGUUUUAUCAGAUAGUGGUGUCGAUGUCUCACUGUUUAAAUCGCAUAGUAUAAGACACGCUAGUACGUCGGCUGCUUUUAGAUCUGGAGUAAAUAUAGAUUCUAUUAGGAAGUCGGCUGGUUGGAGCAAAAGCUCAGAAACUUUUGCUAAUUUUUAUAACUUGCCUUUGUGUGAAUCCAACGUUUUUGCAAGUUCAAUUAUAAAUUUAUGAUUUCGAUUUAUGGUAGUUAUAUCUUUCAUAUUGUUUUUUAGGUGUAUUUCUGAUAAAUAUUAAAUUUGUAGCAAACUAAA